UCCAAGCUUCCCACACUCUGCUUCCCUAUCCGUUGCAACACUUUCCAGCUCGACCCAACUUAGUAUUUUCAGUCAUCUCCACAAAGAGCUAUAUGCACUGUGGAAGAUAAGAUAGUGAAUAUUGAGAUGUUUUGGAUGGACCAUCUUAGCUUUUGAUGUAUGUUUCUCCUACAUAGUUGUUUAAUCUGAGCUGUUAAUCUUUGACCUGUCACAGUAUUUUCGUGGACAAUACCAAUUAAGGUAUUAUAAAAAUGAGUGUCUCUGGACUGACCGGCAGUCCCUCAAGAUGUUGCCUUAGGCUACCUGACCACAGUCGAGGAUUGGUAUGCGGGCAAGUUUCAGCUAUUCCAAGUGCUGGCAAGCCUAAGGAAAAGUUUGGCUUACUCCAUCUUGAAAGAAGUAGUUGGAUUGUUUCUAUGACAAGGUGGAAGACACAGAAAACUCACUUGAUCAAGUGUGCAAUGGAUGCUUCCUAUGGUGAUAUGGCAAGUGAAUCAGCUGGAUCGGCCAUCUUUCCUAGAAUUAAUAUUAGGGACCCAUACAAACGACUAGGAAUAAGCAGGGAGGCUUCUGAAGACGAAAUUCAAGCUGCACGGAACUUCCUUAUUAGUAAAUAUGGGGGGCACAAACCAAGCGUGGAUGCAAUUGAAGCAGCACAUGACAAAAUAAUUAUGCAGAAGUUCUAUGAAAGGAAGAACCCAAAAAUUGACAUCAAGAAAAAGGUCAGGGAAGUUAAACAAUCCCGGGUUGUACAGGCUGUCACAAGCAGGUUUCAAACUCCGGCCACUAAGUUCAUUGUAAAAACAUCCAUAGCAUUUUUAGUGCUUGGAGUUCUCACUGUUCUCUUUCCAACUGAAGAAGGCCCAACCCUCCAAGUAGCCAUAUCGCUGAUAGCUACCUUCUAUUUCAUACAUGAUCGAUUGAAGAGCAAAAUUCGAACUCUACUUUAUGGGGCUGGAGCUUUUAUAUUCUCCUGGUUGGUGGGGACCUUCUUGAUGGUAUCUGUGAUUCCACCAAUCCCUGUACUUAAGGGACCAAGGAGUUUUGAAGUGCUGACAUCAUUGAUAACCUAUGUGCUACUCUGGGUCUCAUCUACUUAUCUUAAGUAGUGGUAAAGCAACAGGUUUCUCUCAUUAUAGACCCCAAUUUUGAUGCAGUGGAUAACACAAGAUUUUCUUGGUAGUGGCACAUUAGUCAUGUUAUAUUAGCUUAUGAGAGCUGUGUCAUAUUUCUAGUUUCGGCAUUGAUGCUAGUUGUUGUGCUUAACAUAUUGGUCAAAAGCAUAGUUUGAAAGAAAAGAUUUGUGGAUAAAUUUGUUUGUUGUCCAGUAAAAGAUGUAAAACUAGGUCAAAAUAAAGAUAGUUUGUUGAUUUUGUGUAACUGUGGUUUCUUACAUGUCUUUUCUUCCUUUUU